GUUUCACAACCUCGCCAUCAGCAGUUUUCUGGCUGCAGAAGGGAGUUAAAACCCACAGAGACGCAGAAGGAAACCGAGGAUGGCGGUUUGGAACGGACAGGUUCUGUGGAGCUUCAUGGUGCUUCUAGCAGGUGCUGUGGCUCAAAAUGUGAACUAUCCUGUUCGACCAGUUUGUGCUAUGAAAGGAUCGACGGUCACUCUGCCCUGCACCUUCACAUACAAAGAGAUUGCAGAGAAGAAUGGAAGAAAUGUUUCCAUGCAGAUCGUCAGAGUGCUCUGGUGUAAGAACCAUGAGAUCUGUCAGGGUACCACACCAUCUGUAUAUGACAGUGAGUCAGAAACCAACAGCCGCCGCUUUCAAUACCUGGGAGACAAGAAGGGAAACUGCACCUUACAGAUCAGCAACGUACAGAUGGAAGACAACGCAACCUUUCGCUUCAGGAUGGAAGCGAACGUUCCAGUCCAAAAUUUUACUGGGAAAAUUGGAGUGAAUGUCACAGUCAACAAUAACAGUAAAAUGAGAAUAAACAGCUCCAGUGAUGCUGGAGAGACUAGAGGAGGUGAGACGGUCACACUGCGAUGCACUUCAGAAUGCUCUUUCUACCCACUGGCCAUCAACUGGUCAAAAGAUGGACUGAUCCUCCCAGAAUCAGGCCCCGUCCUCCGGAUUGGCCCUGUGACUGCAAAGGAUUCUGGGAAUUACACGUGUGCUCUGAAAAACAAGCCAAAUACAGGAUGUAUGCCAUACAGCAUGCAGGUGAAGGAGGCAAAGGCAGACGUUAACCUGCCUCUAAUAGUCGGUGUGGUGUUUGGGGUCCUGCUGGCUGUCAUCACUCUCAUACUGGUCUUCUUCAUCAUCAGAAGGAGGCGAGUGGUAACAGUGGAUCAGAUUGAUGUAGGAGGUGAGACGGAGGAAAAGCAUCGUGAUUACAUAUACAGCAACAUCAUGCCGUCUGCAGAGCUAGAGGAAGUCUAUGACCGACCACAAACCAGCCGAGCUGUGGAGGACGUCAGCUACGCCGCCGUCCAGUUCAAACACAACAAACAGAAAAGACAAAUGCAGGAGGCAGAGGACUCCACCGUCUACUCUUCAGUUGCCACUCAAGACUGAAGUGACAUCUCAGUAACACCCACAAGAUGCCAUUGAAUGUACCGACUGCUGGAGGCUCUGCCCUGUGGGAGUUUACAUUUGUCAGAUACUUUGAUCAAGUUCAGUUUUAUCAGUCUGGUAAGUGGUGGUUUGUCACAGCAGCGUAUAGUUUAUGUUGACCAUCUACUUGACAGCAAACAAAAGGUUCUCUACAGAAAACAGCAAUCGCUUUUUUGAAAGGUCAGAACUUCUUCUCUCCAUUUAGAUUGAGGCUUUUCUUCUGUUACUUACUUGUGUUGCCCUGUAACACACUUCAGUAAGAGCUACAUCUCUGUACUUACAGAUAUGGGGGUACGGUGGGUGUUUCUCAAGCUAUUCUGGCCCACAAUCCACUGUGCAGUGGAAGAUAAGUGAUAUUUCCGGGUAUCUUGUGCUAGGCUUAAAGUAUGAACAAAUGGGCAUAGCAUGCAAUAGUAUUCAUUUUGUAAGAACAGAUGCAGUAAGUUCUGGAAGUAAAAAUAAAUUGUGUGAAAUUAAAUUUGGAGCAGUAUGUAACAAGUAUUGCCCAAACAGACUGGGCUUUUCAGGAGUCAGGUUUAAAGACACAGGAGCUAAAAAUAUGCUAGAAGAUGUGCUUCAGCAAUGUAAAUAUAAAAAAUAAUGCCUUUUUGAACCUUAGAACAUGCACACAUAUUCUAAUAGACACCCAAAAAUACAAUGACAAAUCUGUAAAUGUGCAGAAAGUGAGCUCUUUAAUGUGGAUAGAGGUACCUGGAGAAAAACAAAUACCCUGCUAUAAUGUCUGUUUUCCUCAAAAUGUAACCGUGAUUUACUAAAUGAGCAUCAUUCUGUGUUGAAAUAUUAUUGAAAAAGGAGAUUGAGACCAUAAAGUCAUUCAAAAAAUGUUUGGCAAUGUAGAAAAUCAAGUGAGAAGGAGGCUUCUUUUCUCAUCGACUUCUAUGUUAUCGUACUUCUCCAGAGGAGUCGCCCUCUGCAGGCUAUUAGGAAGAACGCGGGUUUAGGUCACAAUAUGCAGUCUAUGUUAUCUGUUCCACUGCAACUCAACAGGGACAAGACAGCAGCUUUGGAAGAUAUUUGCUUUAGUUCUAACUGCUUAGGUUUGUACAAACAUCUUCCAUUAUUUUUUCUUACAAACCUCUCAUGAAAACUAGUGUCCAGUAUGAGUGGGAGAAAACUUUACAGCAAGAUACCUGGUACUGAAACAAUUAAAUCCAGCCUAAACAGUAAAGUACAGUACCAACAAGUAUCAGCUGGUGUGUCCAGCUUUAGUUUGUACCUGUCAUUUUUUAUUUUUGCAAUAAAACGCAAACAUGUAUAUUUCUGUAAUUUACUGUUUUAUAUGAAAUGCUUUAUUUUGUGCCCUGUAAAUAAAGAUGAAUUUAAAUUGA